AUACAUAUUUAUAUUUAUACGUUAGGCGUGUACACGACGUCGUAGAUCUUCAGUAUCGCUUUGCGAUAAAGCCUUGCUAUUGCAUUUGUAUGCGCAUAACACAUACUAGCAAGGAUAAACUCGGUACCUUUUAAAUUCCCUCGAGCCUUGCAUACGCAUAUUUACUGACUUAAAUUGAGUUAGUUCUGUGUACUCUACCUCAGAGCACACGAAAGGAUGGCGAGAGGAAAUGAAAGAGAGCGCAACCGUGCAAAAAAUGAUGCGAAGAACACUCAGAGUAAUAAGAAGAAGCAGUCUGAGGCAAAGAACGGCAACCUGACACCGGCGCAGCGUCAGGAGCGUGACGCAAAAGCACUCCAAGAGAAGCUGGCUAGGAAAAAGGCCGCUGCUGAAGCGGCAGAAGCGAAAUGAGUGGUGUUGUCUUCCACCCUAAUAGACGUAAUCGCAAUAGAGACUCGUGGAAAUGACAAUUGAAUCGCGGCUCGUAUUUUCUGUUAGCAUUAAAGCGGGUAUGAGUAUAAAUAACUGCACAGCUAAUAGUGGUAUUUAGACUAAACUGUACGCAACGAACGCUGGUGCGAUAUAGUGUAAGACCUUUCCGGCAAUUUCCGAGCGUGUAUGCCCUCUGAUAGUGAUCGAGACGGGCAUGAAAAACUUGUUUAAAAAUUAAUAAACCUAUAGCCAUGUGGCGAUGCUA